CCCAAUGAAGAAGAAGAAGAAGAAGAAGCGUGGUUCUGCGUUUGCGCAAUGACAGGAGUCCUUGGCUGGUCGGCCUGCUGUAGGUUACAGAUCCUGUGAGGGGACACAGACAAAAUGCAGAGCUGGACGCAGAUAUACCGCUCUCUGGCCACGCGGAGCCACCACCUUCCUUGCAAACUGCACGGCGCUGCAGCUCUGUCCGUCAGAACCUACGCUGACAAAGCAGCGAUUGAUGCAGACAUCACGGUCGUAGGCUCCGGCCCAGGCGGCUACGUCGCUGCCAUCAAAGCCGCACAGCUCGGCUUCAAGACGGUGUGUGUGGAGAAAAAUGCCAGUCUGGGUGGGACCUGUCUGAACGUCGGCUGUAUCCCCUCAAAGGCUCUGCUGAACAACUCCUACUUGUACCACAUGGCUCACGGCAAGGAAUUUGAGAGCAGAGGCAUCGAAAUUUCAGGCCUCUCGUUGAACCUGGAGAAGAUGAUGGCUCAGAAGAGCGGAGCGGUCAAAGCGCUGACCGGAGGAAUCGCGCAUCUAUUCAAACAGAACAAAGUGACCCAUGUUAACGGUUUUGGGAGGAUAACUGGCAAAAACCAGGUGACGGCCAUAGCAGAAGACGGCAGCGAGCAGGUCAUCAACACUAAGAACAUCCUCAUCGCCACAGGCUCCGAGGUCACGCCCUUCCCCGGGAUCCAGAUUGAUGAGGACUCUGUCGUGUCGUCAACAGGAGCUUUGUCCCUGAAGAAAGUUCCAGAAGAGAUGAUUGUGAUCGGAGCCGGAGUCAUCGGAGUGGAGCUGGGGUCAGUGUGGCAACGUCUGGGCUCUAAAGUCACAGCGGUGGAGUUCCUGGGCCACGUGGGCGGCAUGGGCAUCGACAUGGAGAUCUCCAAGAACUUCCAGCGCAUCCUGCAGAAGCAGGGCCUCAAAUUCAAGCUCGGCACCAAAGUCUUGGGAGCCACCAAGAGGCCUGACGGCAAGAUCGACGUGGCAGUGGAGGCGGCGGCCGGAGGGAAGAACGAGACGCUGACGUGUGACGUGCUGCUGGUCUGUAUCGGCAGACGACCUUUCACCCAGAACCUGGGUCUGGACUCUGUCGGCAUCGAGCUGGACAACAGGGGCCGCAUCCCCGUCAACAACCGCUUCGAGACCAAAGUGCCCAGCAUUUUUGCGAUCGGUGACGUGAUCGCGGGGCCGAUGUUGGCUCACAAGGCCGAGGACGAGGGCAUCAUCUGUGUGGAGGGCAUGGCAGGAGGCGCCGUGCACAUCGACUACAACUGUGUUCCCUCCGUCAUCUACACGCACCCCGAGGUGGCCUGGGUGGGCAAGACAGAGGAGCAGCUCAAAGAGGAGGGCGUCCCGUACAGAGUGGGCAAGUUCCCCUUCGCAGCCAACAGCCGAGCCAAAACCAACGCCGACACUGACGGCAUGGUGAAGAUCCUCGGCCACAAGGAGACCGACAGGAUGCUGGGAGCUCACAUCCUCGGAACUGGGGCAGGAGAGAUGAUCAAUGAAGCUGCUUUGGCCAUGGAGUACGGCGCUUCCUGUGAGGACAUCGCCAGAGUCUGCCACGCCCAUCCUACGGUGUCUGAGGCCUUCAGAGAAGCAAACCUGGCCGCUUCAUUUGGCAAAGCCAUCAACUUCUGAUCAUCCAGCCGCUGUCGCACCUUCAGUGUACAUAAGAGGAGAAACGGGAUGCUGUGUCUGCGUCACAACCUUCAUCCACCCCGCCGGUUUCCUCUGUGUACAUCCAAUCUGUACCACAUUUAGUUCUAAUGUUAUUUAAAUGUUCUCAAUAAAAUGAUAAAUAUGGGGGUUUUGGGGCAGUAAAUAAAAACUGACUGCAGAUCAGUCUUUUUGCUUUUCGAAACGCAAAGAUCCCGGCAGAGCAUACUAGUCAUUAUUCAUCCACAAUACAGAGAGAGAGAUAAAUAUUAUUUUGGCUGCGGGAGAAUGAAGUGUUUUUGUUUCUCGUUUUUUUUUUUUAAAGUGUGAAAGAUUUUAACAACACGACGACGAUGUGUAACCAGAGCAGGGAACUUUAGCUGCUCACAGUUCCACAGUUUUGACUUUUAAAGGUUAAAUUCACUCUUGCAGUUCAAAACAUUUGGGUGAGUCCCACCUCUGUCCAAGAUGGCCGCAUAAAAGGUUGUAGACAAAACAAAAUCAUUCGUACGUGGAAAGUUUUUAUAUACUAGCUUCAUGUUAGAACAACCAAACAAAAUCCAUUUGCUGAGAUGUGGUUGAAGCUCUGAAAAAAGCUACUAGUGUCUGUUGCAAGUUUGUGGAGGACAAAUGGAGGGAAGGUGACGAUUUGAGGACACAAAUUGAGGAAAAUAAAGAAAAUCUACCUGCAGAUUGUGAGCUCGCAUUACCCUGAUGUAACUUCUAAAAAUUUUAUUUAACACAGCAUUUGACAACUUUAAGGUUCUAGUAGCACUAUGGAGAUAUUUGUCUGUGAGCUGGUCCUUAAUUUUGUGCACAUGCAGGUGAUGCAAUGCACAGAUCCCCUGAUCAACAGGUUGAAGUAACACUGAGAAAUGUAGCAAAGCACCAACAAAGGCAGAGAAGAAGACUGCCGGCUGCUAAACAUGGAUGUAAACAGUGCGGCGUUUUAGGAGAAAGGACGAGAAUACACGACUUAAGAGUUUGGGAGAGCACUGUGACAGCACUUAUUGGUUCAAAACCAGCUGGUCAACUUACUGAAACGUUUGUGCCAACAGAGCACGAGAGCAGCAGCAGUUGCCUAUAAAUCUUCAGUGUUUAUUUACCCUUUAAAAGUCAAUAUAAAUUUAGUUUCGCAGAAGCGCUUUUGAUAAUGGCCAGGAAUCUGUUUCCUGCUCUGAUUACUUACUGUGAUUGGCUCUGGCCUUCUCUCACCAUUUAAACCCAAUAAAUGCAGUAAAACUAGAA